UCCAACAAAGAGGUUGAGUUGGCAAAUGAGGGUGGGGGAAGAUGGUAUCCCACCAACACCAACUCUACACAGUCAAUAUUCAGCUCACCGAAAUUGCUUCACACAGCCAAACUCAUUUUCUUUUAUUUCUUGCUUUUUCUUGCAACUCUAAACUUUCCAAUUCCUACCAGAAAUCCCACUUCCCCAAUGAAUAUUCAAGCCCAUGCACGCUUCUUCAGUUCAUGCAUUUCAACCAUAGUUUCUUACACAUUAACUUGCUUAAAAUAGUAACAUUUAGUUUGGUGUGUUAGCUCAUCUCUUCCUCUUCUUCUUCACGUAUCUCAUAUAACAUAGUUUUCUUCAUCCACUUUUAACUAUCCUUCUGUACAAUUCCAUUUUCUCAAUGGAGAUACCGGUGAAGGCACCGGUUUCUGGAGGCCGGAAAAGCUCAUAUAGACUAGAAACCAGAAAUUUAUCCUACAAGUUAAGCAGCACAUUUGAUGAGCUUAAUUGGGUUGGUUUUGGUAGGAUUCAACAUAGAGUUCCUAAGUUCAUUUUGAAGGAUGUAAACUGUGAAGCCAGGCCUGGAGAGAUUACUGCCAUUGCUGGUCCUAGUGGGGCUGGGAAAACCACGCUGCUAGAGAUUUUAUCAGGAAUGGUUUGCCCUCGUGAAGGGUCUCAUCAAGUUCUGGUAAAUAACAGGCCUAUGGAUGCCAAGCAUUUUAGAAGACUAUCUGGGUAUGUCACUCAAGAUGAUGCUCUGUUUCCUUUACUCACAGUCCAGGAAACUCUCAUGUACAGUGCACUUCUAAGGCUACCAGGAGGGCAAAAAGAGGCUGCUAAUAGAGUGAAGAAGCUAAUGAAGGAGCUUGGACUGGAACAUGUUGCAGCUUCCAGGAUUGGUAAGGGAUCAAACAGGGGAAUUUCAGGUGGUGAAAGGCGCAGAGUUUCCAUUGGAGUUGAUUUAGUACAUGACCCUGCUGUCGUUUUAAUCGAUGAACCAACUUCAGGUUUGGAUUCAGCUUCAGCUCUUCAUGUAGUGACUCUGCUCAAAUCAAUGGCUGCUAAUCAAGGUAAGACCAUCAUUCUAACCAUUCACCAACCUGGUUUUCGAAUCCUCGAGCUGUUUGAUAGGAUUAUUUUGCUUUCAAAUGGAUUCGUUAUGCAUAAUGGUUCACUGCAUUUCCUUGAAGAGAGACUUAAAUUUGCUGGCCAUCCCAUUCCUCCACAUGUCAAUGUGCUGGAAUUUGCCAUUGAUGUCAUAGAAAGCUUGGAAGUCCAAAAUUCUGUAUCCUCUCUCCAGAGCAUUCAUGAGGAAACAUGUAUAGUGCCAGUUACUCAAGAAAAGCUUCCCAGCUGCUGUUAUCCCAAUUCAGUACUCGAGGAAGUUCUGAUACUAGGACAAAGAUUCUGCAGCAACGUUUUCAGAACCAAGCAAUUAUUUGCUACCAGAAUAAUACAAGCACUAGUAGCUGGAUUAAUACUUGGAACCAUAUUCUUGAACGUUGGCAAUGAAACAGGGAAAACAAAUUUGCAAACUCGAAUUGGGUUCUUUGCCUUCAGUCUCACAUUCUUGCUGUCAUCAACAACAGAAGGAUUACCGAUUUUCCUGCAAGAGAGAAGAAUACUAAUGAGAGAGACUUCAAGAGGAGCUUACAGGAUUUCUUCUUAUGUUCUAUCAAACACUCUCAUCUUUCUUCCUUUUCUUCUCUUGGUUUCUCUUCUCUACUCUACACCAGUGUAUUGGCUGGUUGGCCUGAGGAGGGACAUUGAUGGGUUUCUUUACUUCUGCCUGGUGGUGUGGAUGGUGCUCUUGAUGUCAAAUUCUUUUGUAGCAUGUUUCAGUGCAAUAGUGCCAAAUUUCAUCAUGGGAACAUCAGUGAUUGCAGGGCUAAUGGGAUCUUUCUUUCUCUUCUCUGGGUACUUCAUAUCAAAGAAUAACAUUCCUAGUUACUGGAUUUUCAUGCACUAUUUGAGUUUGUUCAAGUACCCAUUUGAAUGUUUCUUGAUAAAUGAGUUUGGAGGAGAGAAAGCUAGUAGGUGCAUAGAAGUUGAUAAUAAAGGGAGCUGCAAUUUUGAUGGAAAUGGAUUCUUAAGGCAGCAAGGUCUAAGAGAGUCAGAAAAAUGGAGCAAUUUGUGUGUCAUGUUGAGUUUCAUCAUUGGGUAUAGAGUGAUGUGUCAUCUAAUUUUAUGGUAUAGAUAUUAUAGAUUAAGCAGAUAAAAAUUUCUCCAUUUGUUGAUGUUAUUUUUAAUUAUUUUCAUCUUACUGUAGGAAAGAUCAAGGCAGUGUAUUCUCUUCAUACAAAAUUUGUGUAUUUAUUCAUCAUGAUAAAUAAAAUCUU